GGAACCUCCCCCUGAACUGCAGCCAGAAUCCCACACAAAUCCCACAACAGGCUCCAGAGUUUAGUUAUCCUACACUGUGGACACUGCCCACAGAUAAACACUCUACAAUGUUGUGCAGUCGUAUGGCACUUCGUCGGCUCCAGAGGAUUGCAAUUACGCCUUUGAAUAUUACCGGGAGUCUAACAAGCAGUGUGCAGAGGGAGAUGUCAACCCUACCGCGCGUAUAUGUCACACGGCAGAUCCCACCUGACGGCCUGAAGAUCCUGCGGGAGUCUGGCCAGGUGCAGUUUGAGCUGUGGGACUCAGACGACAUACCGGUACCCAGGAAGGAGCUCCUUCAGAAGGUCAAAGGUGUAGAUGGUCUUCUUUGCGUGCUGACAGAAAAAAUUGAUGCAGAACUAUUGGACGCUGCAGGUCCAAACCUCAAGGUCCUCAGUACGAUGUCAGUGGGCUUCGAUCAUCUGUCUCUGCAUGAGCUGAAGAAACGAGGAAUCCGUGUAGGUUACACCCCUGAAGUCCUGACAGAUGCUGUUGCUGAGCUGACUGUAGCUCUGCUGCUCGCAACCUCCAGGAGGCUCAUAGAGGCCACACACGAAGCCAAGACUGGUGGCUGGGGCACGUGGAGAACGCUGUGGUUGUGUGGUUAUGAGCUGGCCAAUAGCACUGUCGGCAUUCUUGGACUAGGCAGGAUCGGUGUGGCUAUUGCUGAGCGUCUGGCACCUUUCAAAGUAAAGAAGUUUAUCUACACAGAUGUGGCCCCCAGGCCCGAGCUGGCUGAUGCCAUCAAUGCAGAAUAUGUCUCUUUUGAUGAGCUGGCAAAGCAGUCGGAUUUCCUGGCUGUGUGCUGUGCUUUAACACCGGAGACAAAAGAGAUCUGCAAUAAGAACCUCUUCUCCAAGAUGAAACAAACCUCCAUCUUCAUCAACACAAGCAGAGGUGGGGUGGUAAACCAGGAAGACCUGUAUGAAGCUCUGUCCACUGGGCAGAUUGCAGGAGCUGGAUUAGACGUCACUGUUCCUGAGCCGCUGCCAACCAACCACCCACUGUUUACACUUAAAAAUUGUGUGAUUCUACCCCAUAUUGCGAGCGCCUCCUAUACGACCCGUAAUGCUAUGUCCUCCCUGGCAGCAAACAACCUUCUCCUGGGGCUGCGGGGAGAGCCGAUGAUCAAAGAGCUCAAGCUUUAAGAAGAAAGUGGUUCCACUCUGAAAAGUGAUCAGAUCAUUGAUGAUUAACUCCACUUACACAAAUCUAAUUUUUUUUGCAGACUGAAAUAAAUCCAUGUAGUGUU